AUGUCUACUCAACCACCCCACCCCACGCUCCUCAUCCCUGGGCCCAUCGAGUUUGAUGAUGCUGUCCUGCAGUCCAUGAGCCACUACAGUGAGAGCCACGUCGGCCCUGGCUUCGUCAACACCUUCGGCGAGGCGUUGUCCAUGCUGCGCCAGCUCUUCCAGACUACCGAUUCCUCGUCGCAACCCUUCGUCAUCUCCGGCUCCGGCACCCUUGGCUGGGAUCUCGUCGCUGCCAACCUCGUCGAGGCCGGCGAGGACGUCCUCGUGCUAGCCACCGGCUACUUCAGCAAUGGCUUCACCGACUGUUUCAAGACCUACGGCGCCAACGUUACCGAGCUCAGAGCCCCCGUUGGCUCCCGCCCUCAGUUGCCCGAGAUCGAGAAGGCCCUGUCCGAGAAGAAGUACAAGGUUCUGACCGUCACCCACGUCGAUACCUCCACUGCUGUGCUCAGCGAGCUCAAGGACUUGGCUGCUGUCGUCAAGAAGGUGUCUCCCGAAACCCUCAUCAUCGUCGACGGUGUCUGCAGUGUCGGCGUUGAGGAAAUCAAGUUCGACGAAUGGAAGCUCGAUGGUGUCAUUACCGCUUCGCAGAAGGCCAUUGGCGUUCCCGCUGGUCUGUCGAUAUCCAUGUUCAGUGGCAAGGCGAUGCAGUCUUUCCAGAACCGCAAGACCCCGCCGGCGUCUUACUUUGCCUCCUUCAUGAACUGGACUCCUGUCAUGCAAAACUACGAGGCGAAGAAGCCUUCCUACUUUGCGACACCCUCUCCUCAACUGAUCCACGCUCUGCACACCGGUCUUACCCAGAUUCUCGCCAAGCCUCUGUCUGAGCGCUUCGCCAGGCACAAGGAGGUUUCCGACAAGGUCAAGAAGGCCGUCGCCGAUCUUGGACUGAAGCAGGUUGCCGCGAAGCCCGAAGACCAAGCCCAUGGCAUGACCGCCGUCUACCUCCCUGAGAGCGUCAAGGCUACUGAUAUUCUUCCCAGCUUGGCCAAGAAGGGUAUCGUGUUUGCCGGUGGUAUUCACAAGGAGAUUGCGCCCAAGUACAUUCGCUUUGGACACAUGGGCGUCAGCGUUACGGACCCCAACCGCAAGGACAUCGACAACGCCAUCAAGGCGCUGCAGGACAGCCUUUUCGAGGUUGGCUACCAGAAGCCGUAA